AUGUUUUGCCGCGCUGUCGCCGUUGUCCGUGCCGGGAGCUGCCACCGGCGCUUCGCCUCGUCGUCGUUCAUCGACGUCUACAACGAUGUGCGCAACCACGCGGAGACGCACCACACGAUCAAGGUCGCGCGGCUCACGCAGCUCUUCAAGGCCGCCACCACGAAGCGCGAUGUGAUCGACGCGGUCCAAGUCCUCCGCCUCUUUGAGACGCGGUACAUUGAGCCUGUCCAGGAGACCGCGGGCGAGUUCAUCAAGAAGUGCAUCCAAGUCGACGCCGGCGACGUGGCACUCAAGGUGUUCCAGAACCACUCGCGCCUCGGGCUCCACGUCAACACGGGCUCGCUCAACAAGCUCCUCGUCUACUUUUACGACAAGAAGGAGUUUAGCAACGUGCUCAGCUUGUACCGCGAGAUGAAAGCGUACGAAGUCAAGUUCAACAAGGACACGUACAACGUUGCGAUUCGCGUUCAAUUGCUUCAGUUUGCAGCGACCAAGAACGAAAUCAAGCGCUACACGUGCAACUACGUUCUCAUGGAGCUCGUCAAGCGCGGCCUUCACGACAAGGUUGAGAUCGUCGCCAAGUGCAUGACCACCUACGGCAUCGCGGCCAACGACACCACCAAGCACCUCGCGGGCCCGACGUCCGACUAA